AUGAACAACGGGGAGUAUUUUCUCCAGAAUCCGGGUGUAUGGCUGGCUUUGGCAACGAUAAAUGUUGGUAAUGGAAGACAAGCAACCAUUACCAGACCGGGGGCCUUCAUCAUCACGCCAGGGCUUGAUUUCUCCCUGGUAUCCGUGCACGUUCUCGCUAGGCUGGGUGUUGGCUUCAACAGAUUCGAGCCCACCUCCGACCUCAUUGGUUAUGUUGCCAGUCCCUCCGGCCGAGACGUCCUCGCAAUCGGAAUCGUGGUGCUAGAGGUCGAAUUGAGAGUGCCGGUCAACGCUCACCUGGUCUCUCGGUUCAACGGCCUUGUCAGCUUUUUAGUCUACAGAGAACCCCCAUUAUUAGUGGAUGGGUUGUUCUCGAUGGGCGGGUGCAGCCUCUUUUUCUGCUAUUGUUGGGACCAGAUCCCAGUGUCCCACAAUACGAGUCUAGCACUCCAGACACCACUGCCGUUACAGCAACAGCAUAUGAACGGCAACAUGGCUACCAACACCAGCAUCAACACGGCCGCCAUCACGAAUACCGACAGCGACAACAGGGGCACGUGUUGAAUAACAACCACGACUGGACCACCCACUGGGCAUACAUGAACGCCAAAACAGGAAACGGCACCUUAAGCCGCUGAUUGUCUCUCACUGAAUGUGUCUUAGCCGACGACUUCUUGACAACUCAACGAACGAGUUCGCCCACGAGUGAUUAUGUAGUUGUUAGGGACGCCAGCCCGAGCGAGUUGUUUAUGUCAGUCACGCAGACGAAGGAGGAAUUUCUCUUCUUUUCCGUCAAAAUUGGGUAUGUGGUACAACCAUUAUUCUAGCUUCACAAAUUAACAGUCGCGUUCAACCUCCC